AUGGCAACCGCCAACGCGACCACUACGGCUACGGCCAACAGCACUAACGUGGUCAGCCCGCAGGGUGGCAUCCUCGAAGGUGGCAACCCAACCCAUUAUGACUCCAAGAACCCACUAGUAUUGUUUAUUAUCCAGGCCGUUAUAAUUAUUGUGCUAUGCCGCUUGAUCCACUGGCCCCUCUCGAAGCUUCGUCAGCCCCGAGUGAUCGCAGAGGUGAUCGGGGGAAUUGUUCUGGGCCCAUCGGUGAUGGGUCGCAUCCCCGGAUUUACCGACGCCAUUUUCCCGACCGCUAGCAUUCCUAGCCUCAAUGUAGUCGCUAAUCUGGGCCUGGUACUCUUUCUUUUCUUGGUCGGUCUUGAGACCGACCUGCGCUUCCUGAUCAGUAAUUGGCGGGUCGCUUUGAGCGUAUCUGCCGCAGGCAUGGUCUUGCCCUUCGGGUUGGGUUGUGCCAUCUCAUAUGGCCUUUAUCAUGAGUUCCAUGACGACCCUGGUACUAAACCCAUCGCCUUUGGUACCUACCUGCUGUUCAUCGGUAUCGCCAUGGCCAUCACGGCCUUCCCCGUGCUGUGUCGUAUCCUCACUGAACUGAAGCUGCUCUCAACCCGGGUCGGUGUUAUCGUGCUAUCCGCCGGGGUUGGUAAUGAUGUGGUGGGCUGGAUCCUCCUUGCAUUGUGUGUCGCUCUUGUCAACGCGGGCAGUGGCAUCACGGCUCUGUACGUGCUGCUAGUCUGCGUCGCCUAUAUGCUCUUUUUGACUUUCGCUUUCCGCCCGCUGUUCCUUCGCUUCCUCGAGAAAACGGGUAGCUUGCAAAAAGGACCCAGCCAGUCGGUGGUCGCCCUGACAUUGCUCAUUGCUCUGGCCUCGGCCUUCUUCACGCAGGUUAUUGGUGUUCACGCCAUUUUUGGAGGCUUUGUGAUCGGCUUGAUCUGCCCGCACGAAGGUGGCUUUGCCAUCAAAAUCACCGAGAAAGUUGAGGACUUGGUCGCUGUCAUUUUCCUGCCACUUUAUUUCACCCUGUCCGGUCUGAGUACCAACCUGGGCCUUCUUGACUCUGGAAUCGUCUGGGGUUACGUGGUUGGUGUAAUUGCCAUCGCCUUCAUUGCCAAGGUCACCGGAGGUGCUGUUGCGUCACGGCUCUGUGGCCUUUUGUGGCGUGAAAGCUUUUCGAUCGGUGUGCUGAUGAGUUGUAAGGGUUUGGUGGAAUUAAUUGUGCUGAACAUUGGCCUCCAAGCCAAGAUUUUGAGCACUCGCACGUUUACAAUCUUCGUCGUGAUGGCCUUGGUCACCACAUUCCUUACCACUCCAUUAACCACCUGGCUGUAUCCGAGAUGGUACCAGGUCAAGGUUGAGCGAUGGAGACGCGGGGAAAUUGACUGGGAAGGCAACCCUGUCCAGCGCGAUGACCGCAAUGACAGCGUCGCCCUUGCCAAGGGUCAGUUGAAGACCGUCCCAGUACGCAAGCUCCUCGUCUAUCUUCGUCUCGAUGGUCUUUCAGGUGUCUGUACUGUAGCAGCCCUCCUCAGCCCAAAGCGACGUGCAUCUGUGUCAUCACGCAUUCACCCAGCAAAGAUGCCAAAGCAAACCGAGCAAACUGUUGAAGACCCAAUUACCCCAGAAGAGGAGGAAAAUACCACACUUAAGGUGCACGGUGUUAGGCUAAUGGAACUGACCGACCGUGAUUCCAGUGUCAUGAAGGUUGCUGCUGCGGGCGAGCACGCGCUGUGGGAUCCGGUGGUCAAUACCUUCCGCGCCUUCGGAGACUGGCAUGAUCUCUCGCUCAUGGCUGGUGUAUCUGUUGUCCCUGAGCACUCUUACGCAGACACCGUCAUCGGCAUGGCGCAGCAGGACACUGCAGAUAUGCUCCUUCUCCCCUGGAGCGAGACUGGAACACUAGCCGACCACCACAACGGACUGGAGAUCGACGACGCGAAUCGUUUCUCCAACGGCGCCUACACAAGCUUUGUUUCUGAUAUCCUAGAGCGUGUCACCGGCCAUGUAGGCAUCUUAAUUGAAUACAGCCCAGCCUCGGCCUCAUCAAAGCGACCUGUGAUCUCACGCACCGCCAGCGGUCUGAGCCUUCAAGGCUCCAUCUUCGCUCGCCAGCCAACCGGCAGCCGCUCCCACCACAUUGUUCUCCCAUUCUUUGGAGGUGAUGACGACCGCUUCGCUCUUCGCCUGGUCAUGCAGCUCGCUCAUAAUGACCAAGUCACUGCGACUGUGAUUCAAAUUGGCGGACUGGGUAGUGACAGCGCCAAAACAGGCGCGUCGACUGCAGUUUCUGCCUCGACCUCAAGUGCGCUCCCCGCGUCCAGCUCUCAAUCCGAUAUGGUCUUCUUCGAGACACUCCGUGAUUCAGUGCCAGAGGAACUCCAAGAGCGCAUCGUCUUCCACCAACCAGGUGCCAACGAGACUAUUACCGACGCAGUUCAACUGGCUGUCGUUUCUGUGCGUGAAGAACUUAACCACACAUCCAACAAGGCAAACAACAUUGUCAUCGUUGGUCGUCGUAGUAUCUCUUCUGAGAUUGAGCUGGGUCUUUCGGAGGACAGUAUUGGCCAUGAUACCCGCCGGGCUCUGGGAGCUGUCGGUACUGCAAUGGUACAGCCUGAGAGUAAGAUUUACGGUAGUGUGUUGGUGCUGCAGGCUGGGACCGACACUGGGUUGGCUGAUUACUAUGGCUGA